UCUUUGUCAAUUCUGUCUUCUCUUGAAGGUUUCGGAAGCGCAUUGUGUAGAAUUGCGGCAAGGAGAGAGCUAUCUUUGGGAUUACGUCAACUAGCUGCUGUUAUUCUAAAGCAGUUUAUAAAGAAACACUGGCAGGAAGACGAGGAGGGUUUUGAGCAUCCUGUUGUUUCAAGUGAUGAAAAGGUAGCUAUACGUGGCCUGCUGUUGCCGUUGCUCGAUGAUCCUCAUAGAAAGAUCUGCACGGCCAUUGGUAUGGCUGUGGCAUCUAUUGCCCAUUAUGAUUGGCCAGAAGACUGGCCUGACCUUUUACCGUCACUAAUGAAGUGUAUCUCUGACCAAACAAACAUGAAUGCUGUUCAUGGAGCUUUGAGGUGCUUAGCUCUUGUAUCGGCGGAUUUGGAUGAUAUGAUGGUUCCAAAACUUGUUCCUGUUUUGUUUCCCUGCUUGCACGCAAUUGUUUCAUCACCUCAGAUCUACGAGAAACCUCUGCGCAUGAAGGCUCUUUCAAUAGUUUAUGCUUGUACCUCAAUGCUGGGGGCUAUGAGCGGUGUGUAUAAGACGGAGACGACUGCAAUGAUGUCACCUAUGCUUCAAUCUUGGAUUAAACAAUUCUCUUCUAUUCUGGAACAUCCAGUGCAAUCUGAAGACCCUGAUGAUUGGAGCAUCAGGAUGGAGGUUAUAAAGUGCUUGAAUCAGUUCCUCCAGAACUUCCCAAGCCUCAUGGAAAGUCAAUUUAGGGUUUUUAUGGGGCCAUUGUGGCAGUCAUUUGUAUCAUCUCUAGGAGUGUAUACACGAUCAUCGAUCGAAGGAAUAGAAGAUCCUUAUGAUGGGAGAUAUGAUUCUGAUGGUGCAGAACAAAGUCUUGAAUCAUUCAUCAUCCAGUUGUUUGAGUUUCUAUUGACUAUUUUGGGCAGCCCCAAAUUUGUAAAGGUAGUGGGGAGCAAUGUAAAGGAGUUGGUUUACUAUACUAUUGCCUUUAUGCAGACAACAGAUCAACAGAUUCACACCUGGUCUAUUGAUGCCAAUCAAUAUGUUGCUGAUGAGGAUGAUAAUACUUACAGCUGUCGUGCUUCUGGUGCCCUUUUGCUGGAAGAAGUCAUUAGUUCUUGUGGUACACAGGGAAUUCAUGCUAUCAUUGACUCAGCGAAGGCGCGAUUUAGUGAGUCUCAGCAAGAAAAAGCAUCUGGUGCUUCGGGCUGGUGGAAAAUGAGGGAGGCCACACUUUUUGCUUUGGCUUCAGUGUCUGAACAAUUACUUGAAGCUGAGGUCCCUGAAAUCACUAAAGUCAGUUUAGGAAAUACUUUAGAACAAAUUCUUUCAGAAGACAUGGCAACAGGGGUAAAUGAAUAUCCCUUCUUAUAUGCCCGUAUGUUCUCUUCCAUUGCUAAGUUCUCCUCCAUGGUCAGCCAGGGUCUAAUUGAACACUUCCUAUAUGCAGCCAUCAAGGCACUUAGCAUGGAUAUGCCUCCACCUGUAAAAGUAGGGGCAUGUAGAGCACUUUCUCAACUUUUACCUGAUACAAAUAAAGAGGUUCUCCGUCCUCAUUUCUUGGAUUUAUUUUCAUCACUCACAGAUCUUCUUAAGCAUGCUUCUGAUGAAACUAUGCAUCUAGUGCUUGAAACACUGCAGGAGACUGUAAAAGCAGGCCCUGAGUUCGCAGUAUCUACUGAGCCAGUUCUCUCUCCUAUUAUCCUGAAUAUGUGGGCUUCGAAUGUUGUGGACCCUUUCGUCAGCAUUGAUGCUCUUGAGGUUCUGGAGGCAAUAAAAAAUGCUCCCGGUUGUAUGCACCCACUGGUUUCUCGAGUUUUACCUUAUAUUGGGCCCAUUCUAAAUAAACCACAUCAGCAGCCAGAGGGUUUAGUUGCUGGUUCACUAGAUCUCGUGACGAUGUUGUUGAAGAAUGCCCCAACUCACAUUGUAAAGGCGGUGUAUGAAGUCUCUUUUGAUCCUGUUGUUCGUAUAGUCCUUCAAAGUGAUGAUCAUAGUGAAAUGCAGAAUGCAACACAGUGCUUAGCUGCUCUUAUAUCCGGGGGGAAAGAAGAAUUGCUUGCUUGGGGAGGUGAUACUGCAUUCGCGAUGAGAAGUUUGCUUGAUGUGGCGUCAAGGACUAUGCGACUUUGCUGUUAUAAGUGGAAUGCCCGAAGGAUAGGAAUGAAAAAAAAGAUUAGAAGGGGUGUGGCUCUGGGAGGGGUACAACCCGAUGGUAAGAAGUUAACCACAUCUAUACUGCUCUUGAGUAUUAGUUUCUUCAGGCUUCUGGAUCCUGAUUUAGAAAGUUCUGGAGCACUUUUUGUUGGGAGCUAUAUCCUUCAACUUAUUCUGCAUCUCCCUUCACAAAUGGCCCAACAUAUCAGAGACCUGGUUGCUGCACUUGUGAGGCGCAUGCAAUCUUGUAAAAUUUCUGGGUUAAGAAGCUCUUUGUUGGUUAUUUUUGCCAGAUUGGUCCACAUGAGUGCUCCUCGCGUUGAGCAAUUUAUUGAGUUGUUGGUCUCAAUUCCAGCGGAAGGUCAUCCUAACUCCCUCGCUUACUUAAUGUUUGAGUGGACAAAGCAGCAAGGGGAAAUUCAGGGGGCUUACCAAAUUAAAGUCACCACCACUGCCUUGGCUUUACUAUUAUCUACAAAGCAUGUUGAAUUGGGGAAACUGAAUGUUCAAGGCCAUCUAAUUCAGUCUACUGCAGGGAUAACUACACGCUCAAAAGCUAAGAUAGCUCCAGAUCAAUGGACGUUGGUGCCUCUUCCUGGAAAGAUUCUUGCUUCAUUAGCGGACACCUUAAUUGAAAUUCAAGAGCAAGUUUUAGUUGGCGGCGAUGAGGAUAGUGACUGGGAGGAAGUUCAAGAAGGAGAUGUUGAGACAGAUGAAGCUGUACUUUUAUCAAGUAGUGUCAUACCUCGUGGUAGACCAUCCUAUGAUUACCUUGACGCGAUGGCCAAGGCUUUCGACGAGGACGGGGAUGAUGGAGACGAUGAUGACCUUCUUAGUGGCGCCGACCCCCUUAAUGAGAUUAAUCUGGUGAAUUAUAUAGUAGAUUUUCUCAAGAAGUUUGCUCAUAGUGAUGGAGCAAUUUUUAGUCAUCUUUUACAGAGUUUGACGAAAGCUCAAAAAGAUGCAAUUCAAAUGGUGCUGAAGCAAUGAGGAUUUUGUUGUUGUACAAAAGGUGAGGACAAUGUUCAUUUGUGAAAAUUUCUGGUUUGGCCUACAAAGUUUUUAUUCUUUUCCCCAAAAUUGGCUCUGGGUGAGAGUGGCUGUGAGCUUGUAAAGCGCGAAAUUUCAUAAGUUUUUUAAUUAUUUAUUGUUUUCCUUAUAUUAAAACGCGUAAUGUAAUGUAGCAGUUUGUAGCUUCAUAUCUGUGUGUCAAUCGUAAAACUGCAUUAUGUGAUUCAUUCUUUUAUUCCAGAUAACAUUUCCCUUGCUUCAAA